CGCUGAACCAUCGUCCAGAAUCAGUUCACCUUUUCAGUUCACACUGUGAAGACCCAAGAAACGUAAGAUGGAAUUCAAAUUGUGCUCGAUUUUAGUUUUGAUAACUUUGGCAUCAUGGUCCGAAGCGGAAUCACUCACUACUAGAUGCAUGCGUGAGGAAUCGGCAAAAUGCAUCAUUCCGAACAUCGUUGCUACCGAUCGGACGGAUGAAAUAAUUUUACCCGAUCUUUCGAACAAAACUAUUUUGCAUAUAAAAAGUGGAAAUCUGAGUUCCUUCAACGAAGCUAUUUCAUCACAGUUAAGAAGUGUCGAAGUUCUACACUUGGGAAAUUUAGGAAUUAGGGAGCUGCAUCUGGGGUCGCUCCUCGUCGAAUUAAGUGCGGCAAACAAUGAAAUAUCCGUCAUGAAGAUCGACUCUAGUAUGAACUACUCAAUUAAGCUGUUAUACUUAGCGGCAAAUCGCUUAUCCAGCUUAGAUGGUUUUGAGAGAUUGGACAACCUCAUUGAACUGAAUCUGAGGAGUAAUCUUCUGGAACAAAUCAAUUUGAAAACGUUUGAGAAGAUGACCCUGUUGAAAGUCCUGAUAUUGGAAGACAAUCAGCUGACAGCGAUUGAAGCUACCAGUCAAGUAACAUUGCCGACGUUGGAUUUCCUUUCUCUAGCGAGAAACAAGUUGCAUAAAUUAAACGUCUCCGAUUGGGAUUUUGAAUCCCUCACAAAGUUGGAUGUCAGUUCCAACCAGCUAAUUGAAAUUAGCUCCAUAGAUGAUCAUUUUCCUAGCCUUCUACAAGUAUCCUUAUCGGCGAAUUCAUGGUAUUGCACAUGGUUGGCAGAAUUGCUGGUAAACCUCACGACUAACUAUGUCACUGUUAGCGACAGCGAUAAGGACUGUGAAGGAAUUUCUCCCGCCAAUAUAUGUUGUUUGGCAGAGAUCGACACCAGCUCUUACUACGAUGAAGGUUUCAAACGGCUGGACGAAUUGGAGCUGAAGCAAUCGCAAAUGCAUAAAAGUAUGCAAAGCCGAAUUCAAAAUUUGGAAAGCAGUCAAAAUAGAAACUUGAACGAUAUCAAGAGCCGUCUGGAGCAGUUGCUAACGAAAGAUGCAAGCACACUUACGAUCGCUUCUUUCGACACCAUGGACAAAGACGGAUUUUCGAUGUUUAAAGGAAAGGUGGAAAAUUUGAAGAAAACUAUGGAAGAGGAGGUUGAGAAAUUCGAGAAGCGCAAUAAGGAGAACAGUGAUGCCCAGCGAAAGCUCGGAAUCGCAAUAGUGGACCUAAAGCGUUCAAUUCAGUCGGAGACCAAGAAAAUGCAGGAGCUACAAACUCAGUUCACCCUGUUGAAAGAGUAUGUUUUAAAGACAUUGUCGAAGAAAACGGGGUUGUAAAGUAAGAAAUGUUUAAACUCGGACGGUUAUAGGUCAGGAAAUACUAAAUAUUAAAUAAAUGAAUUUUGAUCGAGAAAACUUGCUAGAAUAGGUAAAAGUGGUAUCAUUUCAAGAACACACAAAUAUUUUUAUUACUUCACUUUAUUAAGUAGACAUGAAAUUAGCAUCAAAACUCUCUUUAAACUUUUCCAAAGUGUUUUUCAAAUCCGAAAUUGGUUUUCCUUGUGCUAGCAAUUUGUU